AUGGCCACCCCUAGUGUCCUCGCUUUUGACGCUGAGGGUCGAGCCAUUGACUUUGAGGUCUGGGUCGACGACCUGCAGCUGUUUCUACAGUGCGAUAGGGCGGACGGUCUGUCUCUCUUUGACCUCACCUCUGGCGCCUCUCCUGCCCCUGCUGCUGAUGCUGACCCCACUGUUCGCUCUCAGUGGGCCACCCGCGAUGCUGCUGCACGUCUUGCUAUGCGUCGCCACCUCCAUACCACUGAGCGCGCGCACUUUAGUCAGUACAAGAGUGCUCAGACCUUGUACGACGCUGUAGUUGCGCGCUACUCUUCCCCUGCCUCUGCUGCACUGAGCCGCCUCAUGCUACCGUACCUCUUUCCUGACCUUGCUUCCUUUCCCACAGUCGCUGACCUCAUUACGCACCUCCGCACUAGUGACACUCGCUACCGCGCCGCGCUUCCUGCUGAGUUCUGCGCUAAGAACCCCCCCCCCAUGUACAUCACUCUCUAUUACAUAGUCACCCGCCUCCCUGACUCCCUUCGCGUAGUCAGGGACCACUUCCUCUCGGUCUGUCCCACCACUCUCACUGUUGACCUCCUCGAGAAGGCCCUCGUGGCAGCGGAGAAGAGCAUCGUCGCUAUAGGAGCUUCUCGUGGUGACCCUCGCACCCCCAUCUUUGAGGGGUGUUCUCCUUCCCCCCUGCUGCCCUCUGUUGCCUCUACCGCUGCCGCCGACCUGCUUGGCCUUGAGUCGGUCGGCGCGGCGUCUGCCCCUAGCGGGAGACGCCGCCCUAGCAAGGGCAAGGGGGGCAAGGGCGCGGGUGGAGCUGGCGGGGGCGGUGGAGGUGGCGGUGGAGCGGGCGGAGGGAGUGGGGGUGGCGGUGGGAGUGGUGGCGGGGGUGGCGGUGGUGGUGGCAGCAGCGGAGGCGGAGGCGGUGGCGGCGGCGGUGGUGGCGGAGGCGGAGGCGGCGGUGGUGGCGGAGGUGGAGGCGGUGGUGGCGGAGGGGGUGGAGCUGGUCGGGGUGGUGCCCCGCAGCAGAGCGGCUUUGGUGGUGGUCAGCGCCAGCAGCAGCAGCAGCAGCAGCAGCGUUCUCGGGACAUCCCCCCGCCUCAGCAGCUCCGUGAGUGGUAG